CCGCUAAAAGACAGAAGAAGACGAAACAAACAUCUCAAAUGAAGAUUUUUAUUGUUUUCCUACUUCGGCUUGAAGGACGACUGUCGCCAUGUUGACUGCCUUAGCUUGUGGCGCCGUGGUGUUUCCAGGACUCUUCUACGGCGUCAGGAAGAUACUCACAUACACUUUCACCAAAUGGACUGACGCCGACAUCGUGUCAGUCAGCGAAAGGCUGGUUUCUGCCGUCCAUGCUUCACUGUCCAGUGCGACUGGAAUCCUCGUAGUGUCGUCAUGCAACAACGUCAUGACGGACAGGCACUGGCUGGUCAAUGAGUUUGCAGUGUUUGCCGGGACCUACAUGGUCAUGGACAUCUUUGCCAUGUACCUGAGCCACUACCAUGUUCAGAGGGUCGGAAGUCCCAGCAGCCUGUACCGCAGCCACUCUCUGAUGACAGUGAAGGCUUUCCUCUCCAAGGACUGGUUGUUAGUCCUCCAUCACUCGGCGCUGAUUUUUGUCUUCCUGCCCAUCACUGUGUUCUUCAGGAGAGGACUGGGGGAUUUCUUCGUUGGGUGCUUUUACAACGCAGAGCUCAGCACUCCUUUUGUCUGUUUUGGAAAGAUCCUCAUCCAGCUGGGCCUCGACAACACCAAGAUGUACAAGGUCAACGGCGUCUUUACCCUCCUGACGUUCUUCAUGUGUCGGAUCCUGGUCUUCCCCUUCAUGUACUGGAUGUACGGGCGGCAGACGGGCAUUCCUCUGCUAAAAGUACCCUUUUCUCUGCCUUGGCACUGCAAUGCUGGUAACCUGGCUGUCCUUUUACCGCAAAUUUACUGGUUUUCCCUCCUGCUAAAGAAAGCCAUGCGACUGUACCGAAGACAACGGAAAGUAGAGUAAGCCAAGACAGACUAAGAGCGUGUUUAACAAUGGCUAACUGGACAUAGAACAUCAUAUUUUGUAGGUGUAAUCAUGAGGAUUCAACAAACUUUGACGAAUAAUUUCCUGAAGUCUAACAAGUUAUCACUAAUCUACAUAACUAUGCCUUUCUAAACAUUGCUACUUUGACUUUGUAAGAAUUGUUUUUAUUAACAACAGUGUUAAAUAAAAAAGCAAGCAUUCAGAA